AUGAAAUGUGAUUGUGCCUUAGUUGGAAGCACUCUAUGGGCGUAUUUCAAUACUCAGAACAAAAAAAAGGCUAAUGUUACCACGUUGGCCCUGAAGAUCAUAAACAUGGGUUCACCCGAGCAACAUUCGAAAUACGCUUCAACAUGGUUUGUAAUUGCUUUGACAUGUGAAAAAUUGCAACAUGCUGCAUCCAUUUGGAAGUAGGUGAUUCAAAAUGAUGUUCAAGAAGAAAUUCUAUCUAAACCUCAAGGGAAGAGUUAUGCUCUCUCGGUGGGAGAAAUUUAUAGAGUAGUAAAAAAAUUUUGACCCUCAACAAGAUUAUAUAAACCAUUGAUUUUAUUAGAUCCAACGUCAUCCAAUGUGUUGGCUGUUCUGGACGAUUGUGUAAAGUUGUGGUUGAGCUCUGGACUAGUAGAAGGUCUGCUAAGUAAGUUCAUCCAUCAAGGCCUUGACCGUGAUGAUCUUGCCAAUCAACUUCUAAAAUCAAUUAAGUAUAUAGAUGAAGUUGACGCUUUCAUGCUUCACACCUCAGCUACAUCACCCGCGUGCUACAUCUUUGGCCUAAAUACCGACAUAAUAAUAGGAAUCAAGAUGGUUAAGUGGGACGAAAAGCAUUACUUGCUACCACUUGCGAAUUUAUGGGCUAAUCUGAUCAGCCGUGAUCAACCGCGUCUUCGUGGCCAACAUUUCCCUAUGUCUCUGAGAAGAAACCUACACGACACUCAUGACUAA